AUGCCAAAGGUCGAAACGUCACUUAAUACAAGGGGCCUAUAUACAUUAAGAACUGGAGCAAAUAACGUUUCGAAUAUUAUUGGCGAUAAUGAUACUAGCAUAGGAAAUUAUAAUAAAAUUCAUUUUAGAAUUAAAAGAGACUUGAUUAGUUUUAAUAAAGAAAAAAAAUCCGCACCUAAACGUAGAAUAGUAAAAAAACUUAUUAGGGUGCAACCAAUUUACAAUUCAAAAUCUAUUAACGAUAACCAUGUAGAUACAAGUACCGAAUCACAAGUUGAAAUCACAACUAAAAGGAGGAAGUACAGAAGGAAACUUAUUAUUAAAAAAAAGAAGCGCAAGCUUAAUGCAAUUAACUUAAACAUAGACGAACAUCUUCAACAAGCUACCAAACCUAGAAGAAAAGUAAUCAUCACCAGGAAGAGAUUGUUGCCUAAUCCUAAUAAAACCAUAACUAUUCAUGAACCGUCUGAGACAUUUAAACAAGAAGGGAGACAGUCUAAGCGACUUCACGUAUUCGCAGAAGAUAACGAUGAAGAAGAAGUUAUAACUACAACUGAAACAACAUUCAAUCAAAACGUUGGCACUACAACCGAAGAAUUAGAUGAGCAAAUUGAAGAUGAUGAACAUGAAGAAGAUGAUGAUGAUUAUAACGAUGACGAGGAAGAUUUUGAUGAAGAAGACGAUUCAGGAGAACUAGAUGAUGAUAAUGAAGAUGAUGAAGAAGACUCGAUUGAGACUUCAACAGAAGAUGAAAAAGAAAACUCAAUCCCGGACGAUAGUUCUGAGGUUACAACUGAAAAUCCUAACAAUAAACUUCCCGAUUACGAACCCUUUUUCCCAGAAUUGUCUGAAUCUCUUGACGUCCCUGUUCUGCUUCUAAAAACGACAGUUCUUUCGUCCGUUGAGCAAAUCAUAAAGACUAUAGUUCAAAGUAGACUUAGAACUUAUACUUAUGUAGUAACAAGAGUUCAUGGUACAGAACAAAUUGUGACAUCCACGACUGAAGUUAAACCACAAAUUAAGACGACCACUUUGACAGAAUCCCUGACCAAGUACACAACAUUGACUCUAUUGGACUUCGAUGCUAGUUCGACAUUGACGACUAUACCAAAUACUCUCAUUCCUACCCUGGAUAAUCCCCAACUUAGCGAUGAAGAGCCUCAGGGUAGGGCUUUUGACGAAGCAAGAUUCAACUUGGCAACGAGAAUUAUGUCCAAUGGAGUUGAAGUCAUCGUAGCAGGUGACAAAAGUACUUUGCCAGGUGAUCCAGACGUAAAAAGAAUACUUCCAAGUACUAUCUAUAAACCAGUCACUUUAAAGCCUAGUACUCUCAGCGACCACAUGAUGAUGAUGCUUCCUCAAGAUGCAUCAAAUAUCGAAAGUUUGUCUUCUUCUUUGUAUCCCAAUCAAUUUGUGACAAAGACGUGUCUUACAACUUUCACAUAUUUGACUACAUACUUGGAAGAUGGACUGACAACAGUCUCAAGUCACGAACAAGUCGUCUCAAAUAUCGCAACAGAAGAAAGGAACAUUGGGAAAAUCUUACCAACGCCAGCCAUGGGAAUUACUUUAACACAGUACCCUACUUUGUCUGUUGGAGUUUUCCACACAACCUACACUUAUUUGAACACAAUUUUGGAUGGGGAACAACCUUUAGUAGUUUCUUCUAAACAUACCGUCACCAAUACUGUAACGGCCCCCGAUGAUUAUCUGUUACUGUUACAUCCAUCAGAAACUAGCAGUGUUCUUAAAGACACUAACACUUAUUAUAGUACAAUCGCUCUGGAAAAAACUCUAUACGAAGGCAAAAAAUCCUCAGUCAUUAGUACCAAUGAAGUUGUUACACAAGUUGUAAUAACAGAGAGUGUUCCUCCAAAAGCAACACAUGUAAUGACGUCUUAUAUUGCUCUUGAUGUAGAAGAUCCAGAAUCGAUAGCUCCAUCAGAUUUAACAACCACAGAUGUAGUAAAGACUUACUUUGUGACAUACACGUAUUAUAAUACCAUGAUGGAGAAUGGCAACACUAUAAUACAUACAAACGUUUCUACUUCCAGUGAUGUUGUCACUGAAAAGUUGUUCCUGCAACCAAAAAAAACCGGUAGUGUUAAACAGACUGCAUUAGUUAAGGAUGAUAAAAAGAAGCACAAGAUUGAUUUGUCUGGUGAAAACUUCCAUAUUCUAGCUACUAAAUCAUACCAAACAACAUUUACUUACUUUACUACAUUACUGCAAGAAGAAAAUACUGUAAGUCCUACUAUAAUUAGUUCCAGAACUAAAGUUGUGGAGAAUAUAGUCACAGAAUCGAUAGAUUCAAAUCAAUUAGACAAAAAAUAUAUAUCUCAAAUCAACAAUGAAAUAUCUAAAGGAGCCAGCAGUAUUAUAAGAAUAGUCACAUUACACGAUGGACAGAAGGUGGAAAUAACUGCGAUUGCGAACGAACAAAAGGAGAAAAUCAAACCCACCAAAGUUUUGCCAAUUGAAAAAACAAAGUUACCGGAAUUAGCAAACAAAGAUUCAAAUAUCGAAUUGGAGGCAUCUACACUUAAUGUCAUCAAAGGUUCGACAAUUGUCUUUUUUGAUGAUGAUCCAUUCGCACCAAAAUCAACCCCUGUGUUGGAGAGUGUCGUAAACAGUGUCACAUCAGUUGUUGUUAGUUCAGAGGUUGUCAAAAAAACAAAAAUCGCUACAGCAACUAGUAAAACUAAACGAGCUACUAAAAGUAAAGUUAAAAAUGUAACCAAUACUAUUUCUCCCACCAAGAGUGUAAGCUCUAAAAUAAAAAGUGGAUCUACUAAAAUCAAAGAAAAUAACAAUAAAAAACAACCGACUACCAAUACAAAAAUUACCAAGCCACAAAACCAAGUCUCUGAUUUACUUGGAUUGGGAUCCAUCAACAUGAAUCACCUUCAGGCAUUGACACCAGUGUUAAAUGCCAUGGCAGGAUUAAUUCAAACAAAUUUAAAAUCAAACAGAAGAAAUGAUGCCAAUCAAACAACUACUGAUUCAGUUGCCAAGCCAUCGUUAAAAGAAGAAACUGUAGUAGCACCUCCACCAGCAAUUGACGUGCAGAAUCGCUCUCCAAUUUAUAUUCCCGUCGGAGGUCUCGCUGAUGAUUUUGAAAUUGCUGAAAGUCAAAACAUAGCAACCUUUCACUUACAGGAAACAAUUCCAGAUACACCAAAAGACGUUAUCCAUGGUAAAUUAACACACGAAACUGCUCUGAUCAAUGGUGGCAUACCCAUCUCACCUGGUGAAGUAAUAACUGCAAAUUCUGAUGUGAUUGUAGGUAAACCGGGUAGAAUUCUACCCAGAGUUCCUGCGAUUCCAUUAAACCAAGUUCAUGAGGGGGUUGAAGUACCUAUAGGUAUGAAACCUCCUCCAGUACCAGGAAAACCAUGGCCCAAGAGAAAUCAUGAGUACAAACACAUCCCUGUCAACAACGUACAUCAUGAAAAACAGAACGGACAAGGAUUUAUCAACAUUAACCAAAAUGAAUACAUUACCGACCAAGCGAAUAAAGAUGAAGGUCAAGGUUUUGUCAAUAUUAAUCAAAACGAUUAUUUUAAAGUUCAAGGUAAUAAAGAUGAUUACAUUGGACCACCACCAAAUCCAGAUUUUGGGAACGUUCAGCAAAUUCAAGAAAAACCUGUAAUACACGCACCAAAUGUGGAUGAUUACGUAGGACCUCCACCACCACUUAAAGAAAAUCAUAGGGACAAUAAAUACAAACAUAUUCCCUUAAAUCCUCCCAGACCACAGAGUGAUCAAGUAUAUGCUCAAAAUCAAUUUGUCAACGCUCCAUCUAAUAUUGGUGAACAUUACAAUCAUGGUGUUAAUAACCUCAUAUACACUGGUGACGCUGACGAAAUUAAAGGUACCGAAUUAGUAUAUGCCCAGGGUCAGAAUAAUUACGGUACUGACUUUGGAGUCAAUGAAGUAAAUCAUGAAAUACACAUUGCCAAUUUGAAAGAGACCAUACAGAAAAACUAUGAUACAGCCGCUAAAGAAUCAUAUCCAGUUUAUGCAAAGGGACAAGCAUCCAUGAUUUUACCUUCUAUUCCAAUUGGCAAUGACUUUAAUAUAGCUCCUUCAAUAUUGAAUAAUCCUUUGGUACUUCCUGAAGUUAUUGAAAGAUCAACGGGUCAACCUCUACUAGUAAACCUGCAACCAAGUCAAGUGGCUUUUGUUAAUAUUCCUUAUAACAGAACAACGGCGUUGAUCUAUGGAGGAUCUAGUGAACCUCAUAAAAAUGGAGAGUAUUUUGAUGAUCCUUCUCCUUAUCCUGAACCAGAAUUUCAAGGCGUAGAAAGUUUUAAUCAAGGAUUACCACAGUUUGCUUCAGCUUACCACGAUACUCCAAAUCCUACACAAAAACAAGUUAAUGGCGUUAUUAAAGUGGGUAACCAAAUAAUUACGGUCGAUCCAACCACAAGUGAAAAUCAGAAAGUUAUCCAAAGUAUAAAUCCAUCUAAAACAUUGUUACCAAAUGAAGUUUUCGCCAACAAUCAUGAAAUUAGUGUAAAUGUUCCACCAAUUUCUUUUGGAAUGAUGAAGCAAGGCAAUGAUUUUAAUGCACAUGUUAUUAAUCAUGGUGAUAUGAAAUUCCAGAUUCCUGCGGUCCAAUAUGAGGUAACGAAUAAUAAUCACGGUACAGGAAACAAUCCAGUGCAGUAUGAAAUUGCCAGACCCAAUAUUCAAAAUGUAAACAAUCAACACCAGGGACAGUCAGAAACUUUAACAAAUGAACAAAAUGUAAGACCGAAAUUUCCAUCUACACAAGACCACAAUUUACAUUUAUUAUUGCAUAACGAACAAAAUGUACAGACUCCCUCCAAUUCUCAUAUACAACAAAACAAUAUUAUAAGACCGAAGUUUCCCAAUGUUCAGCAAGAUGUAAGUCUAUACAACAUUCAAAACAACAUUGUUCAGCAAAAACGACCACCUCCAAGACCUACAGAAGAAAUUGCUGACCUUAGACCACCUAAUGAAGAAAUUACAAAUCUCAGACCACCCAACAAUCCAAUCCCAAAUAAAAAUAAACCAAAGUAUCCUUAUCCACCAAAGAGAAACUACAACAGGCCACGACCUAGACCAAAUGUUAACCCCAACGUGGAAUUAUCUGAAUUCAUGACACCACCAUCUCCUGCUCCAAACACUGGAAUAACUAAACGUCCUCAAUUUGGAAGACCUAACACGCGUCCAACUCCUCAGCUUAUUCCGUUGAUACAUGAUAAACAACCCCAACCUCAAAAUGGCCAAACUAACGUGAAUCAAUACUACAAUAUACCAAUGACUGUUAAUCAGAACAUACCUGUGUUUAGUCACAUGGAAGACGAUGUAGAAGAAGACGAAGAUGACGACAGUGAUUUAGUUAAUGAGGAUGGCGAAGUUAUUCAGGAAUCUAACAGCAAACCUUUGAGACCUGGACAGGUACCAGAUGAAAUUCUUAAAACUCAGAUUAAAACGACAACAACGCCUAAAGUUAAUAUAAGAUUCCCCGAAAUUAGAUUCCCUAAUCAUGAAAAUGAAGUCGAUAAUUACAAAUCUACCGUGUCGAUUCCAAGACCCUUUAACAAAGAAAAUCACAACCAGGACGUUAAAUUUCUGACUGAUCACAUGGUAGUUUCUACCACAACGUCACACAAUCUCAUUGUGAGACCGGAGAAUCAACAAACCAAUCAGAUCAGCAAUAUUGAUUUCACAAAGGAUGUUACAGCUAGACCAGUAUUUAAUAGAGAAGUACUGGAUGUCAGCACCGUAAGUUUUGAUAAUUUGACUGCAACACACGAAACUAAACAUCACAGUACUUUUAAGGAUCACAAAGAUCUAAAUAUUGUGGUAGUGCCUCAUAUUCAUCAAAACGGGGGUAGUAAUAAAAAUGAUUUAAUGAGUGUCUUGAGUAAGGAACGUGUUCCUGUUAUCACUGAAGCUGUAACUCAUAGCUAUGAAACAUACACAGAGAAAACAACUAUGAAAAUAUUGACCACUAGAACACCUAAACCACUUACCAGGCCCGUCACUGAAGAAAAUAAGUCCACCACGAAUAAGCCACAAAUAUAUAGGCUACCUACUAGAAACAGUAGGCCGAAAAUUACAUCUUUGCCUAUCGAUACUAAGACUACACUUCAUAAUGUGUGGAAUAUUCCUCAUAACACUCAUUCGCAGACUGAAAAACCAUUUGCAGCCCAACCUAAACCUUCUAGACCGACGAAUGAGAUCAACAUAAAGCUCGAUGUACCAACAAUACCGACGGUUACGAAAGAAAAUUCUUCUCUCGACAUAGAAUUACCUGUUUCGCACGAUUUAAACACUGGAGAAGUAACAAUUCCUUAUUCAAACAUCACCACAGAAAUGUCAGACAUGGAAAUUCUUAAACCACCUCCGUUAAGACCUGAAAUUACUGUCAAUCCUCCUGAUACUAAAUUGCAUCCUCCGAAGAUCGAAAUCAAUACUUCUGGAGGAAUUAACAGAGUUCCAAGUUUAAAUACAGAACAUACGUAUGAUUUAGAAAGUCAGUCCACAUCAAGUCCACAACCUUACGUGCCUGAACCUUCUGAAGAAAUGGUACCACCACCCAAAAUUGUAUCUGAUGAAGAGGUAGUUGGUAUGUCACCUCCUCCACUGGUUUCAACUCAUAAACCAAGAAUCAAUCUGAAACCAGUAAUAACGACGGAAAAUACAAUAUUCCCCAUAGAUCUUGACUUGUCUAAUGUACCAAUAGUUUACCAGAGUACCAGCACUGAACAUUAUACUAGUAUAAAAACAAGAAGACCUUAUAAACGGCCACCGUUUAGGAAAACUACUACUCCACCGACUGAAUUUACUACUCAGCGGAAAAGACCGAGUUAUCCUUCGUUUAACUUUACUGGAAGAAACAGGACUUCUUUAUUGAAGGUAAAUGAAACCACGACGAGUAUUAACAUUUUACCUUCUCCAACGAUUCAGACUAAACCAUCGUUAGAGGUAAUAAUAGGAAAUCCUGAUUUGGAUAUAGAUGAUUCCGAGACAUCUUCAAUUGCUACAAAAAUCGAUGUCACAUCCAACAAACCUGUAGAACUUUCUGGUUCUGAAGAAGCUAUACUGGAUUCGGCCAUUGAAUCUACUUCUGUGUUACCUGAUAAGCCCACAAUGAUUUUCAUCGACGGUACCAAAACAAAGACACACUACAGCAAUUUUGGCAGUGAGUUUUCGACUGCUGUACAUCAUGCAGGAAAUGAAAUUAAGAUUGUUGAUGACCCAACAACCACAAAGAAAAUUUUGCCUACGAUAAAGGAUACAAAGGUGGUCUUACCAACUAGAUAUAUCACGCACACCAAAACUUCUACUGUUACGAUUACUAAAACAACAGUAGUGAAGACUUUGGGUGGGCCCCCUUCCACGCUAACGAUUUUGGUUACCAAGACGGAAAAGUCUACGAUUGUAGAUACUGUAACUGAGUUCCACACUUUAGUGAAACCUACCAGCAUUGUAGAAACUAUCACUACAACAAUCCAAAAUCAUGUUAGUUCGUUAUAUCCACCAGAAGUUUAUGGAAGUCAGUACCCAUCUAUUCAAGUAAAACCUACUACAGUCAAUCCAGAAGCUGUCAUACCUACAACAUUAUUUGAAGAUUUGUCAGAUGAUGACUUAGAAGAUUUUAUAAUAAGCGAAACAGACUCCCCUAUUGUUGAAGAAAUAGAUGAACCUCCACAGCAAGAUAAUGAAUCUAUUUUCGUAGUAAUGACUGACAAAAACAAAGGAAGUGUCAUCAAAGUACCGAAUGGCAGCUACGAAACCCAAGAACGUGAUGAAAUGAUUUCCAACAACGAAGUUAACAACGUUCUUCUAGCAGGAAUACUAACAGCCAAUCAUCCUACACCUGAGGGACCGCGCAUUCCAUCUGCAAUCCAUAACGAAAAAUGCGAACCGGAAUGCAAGGCUUCUAGAAAUGAACUCUGCCAGAAAGUUGAGGGUGUCAUGAGAUGCAUUUGCCGACCAGGUUUUGCCAGAAUGUUCCCUGACAGACCAUGUAACCCAACGUAUACUUACAGUCUUAAAGUAAAUUUGGCGAGAUUAGGCAGGAACGACCUUCAGUUCGAGGAUGAAUUGGAAAAUCAGAAUUCAUCACAGUUUAUGAAAUUGGCACCAAUUGCUCAUGAAGCCAUUCAUCGAAUGGUAAUGCAGUCAGAUUUACGAGACAUUUAUCAUGGAGUUCACAUUAACUCCUUUGAACCAUCGCAGGAAGGCAGUGGAAUCAUUAGCAGUUUCUAUUUACAACUCUCCGAUAAUAUCGACGAAACACGAUUGGAGGAUGUGUUCAAAAAGUAUCUUCGCAACAACAAUUUCAGCUUGGGUGGCACUGAGGUGUUUUCCUCGCGCCAAACCCUUGAUGAACUAAAGGCUCUGGACUUUGACGAAUGCAACAAUGCCAAGUUCCACGAUUGUUCAGAAAACGCGCAAUGCUUCAACCUGAAGGGUACCUACACGUGCAGCUGCAAGGAAGGCUUCACUGACAUGUCGGAGAACCGCCUAUAUCCUGGCAGGGUAUGCUCCGCUGAACAGAUUGGAUGCGAGAAAUGUAACUAUCAUGGCACUUGUUAUUCUCGUGGAGAUGAACAAGUGCUGUGUGAAUGCUUCCAGUGGUAUUCUGGAGAAAGCUGUCACAUAAAUUUGAAAGUUUUGCUUAUUGCUUUGGUGACCCUUGGUACCAUUUUGUUCAUUUUGCUUCUGGUCUGCUGCAUUUUGACUUGUGUCAGAAGAAGGCCAACCAAAGGUGUUGCAACAGGCAUAACAUUCUUGCCACAAAGAGUUAACACUGGAAACAGGAGUACAAUUGACAGAAGGGCAAUGAUUCAGGAUACCAGUUCAGAGGAUAGCAGAUCUGAAACUAAUACUCUUCCAUACGUAGCUAAGAAGCAAAAGAAACCGAAAGGAGCUUUAAAGAAAACGCCAAGACCUCCGCAAGUGAACGGAGACAUAGAACAUGGAAAUGGAGAGAAUACUUUGACAUAUUCGGAUCAAAAAGACCGAUCAUUAACUGUAAUGAUUCCCAGGGCAAAGUAUCAUCCAGCCCCUUCGAAUAAUUUGAUGAACUAUACAACAUUUGAUGCGAGAAAACCUUCAGUGCCCGUUAUAAACAACAACGAAGCUAAAUUGUUGAGUUAUUUGGAUGCUGGACCCUCACCAAACAAGAGUGAACCAAAGAGAAAAUACAGUAACCCGCCGAGUGAUAUAUAUUUGGACGAAAAACCAAAUUCCAGAAAAACGUCCGGAGCUUUGAUUUCUGCAGGAUUUGAAGUGUCAGCUACUGUGGUCAACAAUCUGGGCGCUUUAAGAGAGAACCACAUGGGUACAUUGGGUACGACAUGUGGUACCGAGGCCGACAGAAGUGAAAACGCGACAUUAAUACAAAAAAUUAGUGCAGAUUUGUUGUCUAGCACUGGUACCAGAUCGCAGUUUAACACUUUCAGGAAAUCUUUAGUGGAGGAAGACAUAGAACCUAUGUGCAAUUGGUUGGAAAUUGGUGCAAGGAAGACAACUGUAUCCGAAUCGAGAUCCUUCGAUGAAACGACAAUACCACCACCUAUGAAAUCCUUUGGAACGAAUUACGACUCAAAGCCUUCUUCACAACAUCAAAACGAUGAGGCACACACAAUGGCUGAACGUGACUUGGGAUCAACGUUUUUGUUACCUCACACACACUUAUAUAAACCUGAUAGAGGAAGCGACAUUUCUGGGUUCGAGUCCCUCUAGUCCAGGUUUAUAGUGCUGUCCAGUGGAAUAAUCUAGCUCAACGUGAAGCCCAUUCACGGAAUAUGUGCCUUACGAUACGUGUGUGUUUUUGUGUGGUUGUGAAACAGUGACUUUAUCAUUCUAAUUGUAUAAAACCUAUUUAUAAAAGUGGAUUAACCUUAUUUAAAUUAUCUAUCGUUAAAUCUAAAGUUAGUUUGAAAUUUUGUGAGAAACAACUAGUGAAUUGGCCAUAAGAUUUUAAAAGUAAAUAGUUUUUACUGUAAAUAGUCCCAUUUUGGAUUUUUUAGAAUUUUUGAAUUCAAUGUAUGAAUGUUGUACAUAUUGAAUGAAUGCGUCGAUAAUAUUUAUAUUAAUAUUGUAUUCUGGUCUUUUAUAUUGAUAUUGUUUUUAAUUAAUGUAUUAUAUUUAUGUAUGGGGCAAAUAUGCAAAGUGCCAAAAAGACUACAAUGUUUUUUGUAAAUUUAUAUUUUUAUAUGGCUAUUACUUCGACUUGUAAUAUUGAGGUAUGAUUCUAAUUUUUGUUAUACUAAUAGAUAUUUUUAUUGUAUAUUUUAUUAAAUAAAUAAAUUAUAUACACUGUA